AGUGUAAAUAAAGUAGAUUGGAAUAUCUCGGGCUUGUGUAGACAGGCGGCGGCGAGUCUCUGGAUCAGAUUAGCCGACCCUUCUUGGAAAUAUGUGCAGCUAAGGGAAGUUGGACAUGGAGUAUUUCGGGAGUUUCAUACAGCUGACGAAAAUCCUCUGGAAUAUUUAUCCAAGAAGGACUUUUCUCACUUCUUGUGUUAGCUAUGAAGGUUCACGUAGUUAGCCUAGCCGUACACCGGCUUAGCAAGCUAGCUAGUGUCCUAGAGCAAAACUAAACUUUAACUAACUAGCUUUCUAAUUAGGUUAGGCUAGGUUAUAUAUAUGUGUGUGUAUAUAUUUAUCUACUAGUCGUAAUUUACACUAAUUUCCCCUCAAGUAAAAUAUUUUUGGCUAGCUUUUAUUCAAAAACUCUGAAUACAGCUAACUGGGUGUUACAGCUGUGUCCCUUGACUGACAGGAGGGUUACUAUAAUGCUUAUAAAGUGUUUACCUUUACUUCAGUCAAGUGAGUUUUUAGCAGAGAAGGAAAAACAAAAAAAAAAAGGUUGUUUCCCUUUAUGGUCAGUGUGAAAAUAUCUCAUUUUAAUGGGUAAAAUAGGUUCAGGGACUCCCAGCUUCAGCUGCUUGGUCAUGGUGCUGCUGGUUGUUGCUCUCUUUGGUGGCAUUUUGUGUGCAGUUGCUGCUCAAGAUGGCCAGACAAUGUCUGCUGAGGAAAAGUCCAAAAUCAGGGAACAAAUUCUGGAGAUGUUUGAUCACGCUUAUGGCAGUUACAUGAAAUACGCCUACCCAGCUGACGAGCUGAUGCCACUGAGCUGCAGAGGGAGGGUUCGAGGGCUGGAGCCAAAUCGUGGUGACAUCGACGACUCUCUGGGAAAGUUCUCUCUGACUCUGAUUGACACCUUAGACACACUAGCGCUGUUGAACAGGAUGGAGGAAUUUGAAGAGGCUGUGAAGAAGACGGUCACAGACGUCCGACUGGACAACGACGUGGUAGUGUCUGUUUUCGAGACCAACAUCCGCGUGCUGGGAGGACUGUUGGGGGCGCACGUGAUGGCUGACCUGCUAAAGCAGCGGGGAGAGAGGAUGCAGUGGUACAGAGAUGAGCUGCUGCACAUGGCCAAAGACCUCGGCUACCGCUUACUGCCUGCCUUUAACACCACCAGUGGCCUUCCGUAUCCAAGGGUGAACUUGCGCUAUGGGGUUCUGAACCCUCUGUCCCGCACAGGGACGGAGACGGACACCUGCACCGCCUGUGCCGGGACCAUGAUCUUAGAGUUCGCCGCGCUAAGCCGACUCUCGGGGGAAUCCGUCUUUGAGGAACAUGCACGGAAAGCUCUGGAUGUCCUCUGGGAGAAGAGGCAAAGAGGGAGUGACCUUGUGGGCACGGUUAUCAACAUCCAUAAUGGAGAUUGGGUCCGCCGCGAUAGUGGUGUCGGAGCUGGAAUAGACUCUUACUAUGAAUACUUGAUGAAGGCGUAUAUUCUGCUGGGAGACAAUGUAUACCUCGAGAGGUUUAACACUCACUACAGUGCCAUAAUGAAGUACAUCAGCCAGCCGCCUCUGCUGCUCAGCGUGCACAUGCACAACCCCACGGUGAACGUGCGCAGCUGGAUGGACUCCCUGCUGGCCUUCUUCCCUGGACUGCAGGUUCUAAGGGGAGAUCUGAAGCCUGCUAUAGAGACCCAUGAGAUGCUGUAUCAAGUCACCAAACAGCACAAGUUUCUUCCUGAGGCUUUCACCACCGAGUUCAGGGUCCACUGGGGUCAACACCCUCUGCGGCCAGAGUUUGCCGAGAGCACUUACUUUCUGUACAAGGCCACAGGUGACCCGUAUUACCUGAAAGUGGGCCAGUCUAUAGUCGAGAAGCUGAACACUCACGCGCGGGUCCCCUGCGGCUUUGCUGCGGUGCAGGACGUAAGGACCGGGACACAUGAGGACAGGAUGGAUUCCUUCUUCCUGGCUGAGAUGUUUAAAUACCUCUAUUUGCUCUUCUCGGAGAAGAGCCAUUUACCUUUUGAUAUCGAUGACUAUAUCUUCACCACUGAGGCCCAUCUGCUCCCAGUCUCUCUGUCUAAUGCACAGACUCCCUGUAAAGGCAACAGCACGCGCCAUUACACUGCUCCUGAGGAGGACAUGUUUACAUUUGCUUGCCCCAGUGCUCAGACCCUGUUCCCUAAUAACCCCUCCUUCGCGAAGACCAUCAGGGACCGUUACAAAUACCUCACUGGGGUUGGCAGGCCACCCCAUACUUCUUCUGUCAGGGGGAUCGAACUCCCUCUUCAUGACCCUGGAAUCGAGCCGGUCGAGUUCCUGAGAAGCAUGGGCAUCUCUCUUACCCCUCUUGCAGAAAUGGCAGCGGCCAGCGGCGGCAUGGUGACCCACGACACCCAGAAAGGUGUGUUUAGAGUGAAGCUGGUAGCUGAGGUCAGCCAUGAAGAAGAGGAGGUGGUGCCACUUAUCGUGCAGCUCAUCUCCCCUCCGUUUUUGGGGAGAACAGUCCUGACAGCGGGGCCAGCGAAAUUUGGAAUGGACCUCACCAAGCAGGAGCAUGGGGUCAAGGGUAGUAUAGUAAAGAGCAUUCCAUACACAGCGUGUGGACACAUAGAGAAUGCAUUGGAGCUGCAGGGCCACGUAGCCGUCGCUCUGAGAGGAGACUGCAUGUUUGCCGCUAAAGCUCGACGAUUACAGCAGGCGGGGGCCAUCGGAGUCAUCUUUAUAGAUCAGCGAGAGGACAGCAACAGUGCUGAGACUCCUCUGUUCCAGAUGGUGGGAGACGGGGAGUCUACAGAGGACAUCACGGUGCCGCUGGUCUUCCUGUUCAGCCGAGAAGGGGCCAUUCUGACCUCUGCCCUGCAGGAGCACCAUAACGUAGACGUCCUUCUUCUGCCUAAGGAGAGACAGCUGGGGAAGGAAAAAACCGAGAAACUGAACAUCAAGUUCCGGCUGGCCAAAGAGGACGAGCACGAGGAGACGGUGGGAGAGAGAAAUACCAUCCGGCUGGUGCUGGAAAGAAAGACGGAGCCUGCGGUAGAAGCUGAGCAAGAAACCGUGCCGGAAGAGGCAGAGUCCCAAUCCCAGUGUACGGUGUUCUCUGCAGGGGAAAACCAGGAGCCCUGCAGUCCAGAGCAGAAACAUCUCGAGAGCGGCCCAUGAUGCUGGAAUCAGAUUAGUACCUCGGCGUUUUCGUCCGUGUCCGGGUCGCCGCUAGACUGUCGGCCGAUCCAGGAUCGGAGAAUACAGCAAGACCUGGUCCUGACUGAUCGAGCUUGGUAUACACCAAGUCUCGCAUGGACUGGACAGGGUUUCUCCUCUCUUAUAUUGAAGAAUGGGGUCGAUUUUGUGUCAUUUCUAGUUAUUUGGACAAUGUACGGUAUAGAGCGAGUGGGAGAGGUAUGCAAAGCUGUAUUCUUACUUCCUUCUUAUUUACUGCCAUGGCAUUCAUGUACUGUAGUGGUUGGGAUUGAUUCAUCUGAGUGAUUAACAGGUGAAAAAACUCAUGGUUAAGAGGUGGGUAGUGAGCUACAGUAGGACACACUCAGGCCACAACACUUCGUUUUUUGUUUGUUUGUUUGUUUUUGUUUUUUUCCCAUUAGCAUUUAUUCAUUUUUGUCAUUAAGGAUCCAUGAAACAGCGACGGGUUUGUUUGGCGUUACUUAUUUUAAUGAGGAUGCUUGAAAUCCACGCCAUGACUCCGGCCACCCGUGACCAAACCAGAAAUAUCAGAGUUGAUCUGUACUUGCCAGCACGCUGAGCUUUUUUUUUAUUUAUUUUUUUUUUUAAGUUGAAUCACGUUUUAUUUUUCCAUACUGAAAUCAGGGAAACUAAAGUGCUAAGCCUUGAACGUUUGUACGUCCGUACGCAGGCGUAACGUCCAUACGAUGUGCGUACCUGUGAAGAAAGACUGAAGUGUUCUUGCACUAUGGACGGCCCUUGUGCCAGCACUCGGUGUCCAUCGUUCGUAUACCGCAGACGCGGCCGUUCCUCUCUCACGGAACGAACGUCGACGGGAGUUUUUGAUGUUCAGGUAGCCGAUGAUGGUUCUCAGAUUUGUUUUCCGAAUUUUACUUGAUCCUUUUCCAGCAUUCCCGGGUUUCCUUCUCUCCACUUCCGUUAUAUGUCCUCACAUUAAACACUAAAUUGACUAUUACGUUGUUAAGACCUAGAUCGGGGGUAUACAACGAAAUUUAAGAUGCAGUUGCAUAAAAUCCUUUACCCGAAAAGGUCCAGAUAAGCGCCUAACGCGGCCGGACGGUGACGAGUUAGCUUUGAAUUCUUUAGCUUAUCGCUAUAAGUAAGACUAUUUAAAGUGGAUACGUUUUGUUCAGCGCUUUGCGAUCUCACUUUUAUCUAGCGUCGUGGACUCUGAACAGAUGAAUCAAAUCUGUUUUGAAUCUGAUGCUUGGACUUUAAUGUUGUUUGUUGUUGCCUUUUUUUUUUUUUUUUUAACAAGCAUGUUGUCAGUUCAUUAAUCUGACCAGAGCAAAUCUGUGAAACCGCUCUGUUUUCAGAGAACCCUGUAGCUAGUCUCUGGUCUGAUGAGCUGCCUUCAGCUAAAUAAUCGGCAUAAAUGCGUAUAAUUAACAUCUAAGGAUCUGCUAUUGUUUUCAUGUUUACGAAAUUAGAGUCACUGAACUAUAGCCAUCUCCCCCCCCCCCUUUAAGUUUAUCAGUUCCGCUUCAGGUAUUUAUUCCAGGCCGCCAAAACGCAACGUCGGGUCCAAAUCCAGUUCACCUUCGGCCAGUCGAUGACCCCUGGUCUAGAGGACAAGAGUAGGACAGGAGUAGAUCAGGCAUCCAGCAGCUAUUCUAAUUACACAGAGAAUGCUCCUGCGUCGCCAUCAGCUGUGUACGAUCGCGUAUACACACGCCUGUGUGACGCUGAAAGCAAGGUACGAUCAUGAAGUUUCCUGCCUUCCUGAGAAUACCAUACUAGCCAAAAUUGGAUCGGUGCAUCAUGUUAUUUCUUAACGCUCAUUCGCACAUACGGGUGCGAUUGGAUUGCUGCAGCUGUUCUCAAGAGGAUGUCCUGCAUUUCUAUAAAGGGCUCGACGAAGAUUAUUUUACUACUCAAAGCUGACGCAUAACCUAUAAAUGAGAGAUUUAUUCCUUAAUAUAUUUUAUAUAUCAUGGCAUUGUUAUUGUUCUUGGGGAAUGUUGCUUUUAAAGGCAAGCUGAGCUGCCUUCCAGCUGAUGUAAGUGCCAGUGUGAUGAGAGACCUUUUUUUGUUUGUUUGUUUGUUUUUCGUUUUUUUUCUUUUCCGUCCCUUCCCCUUUCUCAGGUCUGUUAUUAUUAGUGUAUUUUCUACUUGUUGAAUGAAAUCAAGUUCAGUUUGUAAACGGCUGGAGAAGAGGAAAAGGAUUUGAUUUAAAAAGAACAAUAAAAUGAAUUUUAAAAAAGUGAUUUUAUGAAUCACUUCAAACCGUGACUCAUCGCGAUGUUCUGUCUUUUAGCGCCGAUUGAUUAUUCAUACCGCAAAACAGCCGCUAAGCUUGUCCCUUAGGUAAAUUAGUCACUCCGGUCUAAAAUCAGUUCGCGUUCUAAAGAUAGCAGAGACCCGCCGGGCGGCGCUGUAUGAAUACUAACAACUAUACACGGUUAAGGUUUGUCUGUUCUAUCAAACUGCGAUGAUACCUGUGAUUUGUAAUUACAAUAAUAACAUGGCAAAAGAGUGCGUUCUCCCUGAAACUUAAGGAUGUGAUUCAAGCAGGACAAGAACAAGGAGGGUGAGGUUAUAGAAGAUGACACCCUGACGCUGAAGUGAGAGAAAAUGGUGCAUGGUGUCAAGAACUUUAAGAUGCAUGAAAGAUGUGCUUUUAAGUUCAAUCUCACUUAACCGCUGUACUUGAAAGUUAUGAAAUUUUAUUUGAGAUGUUGGUGUUUAUAACCAAUGCAUGUUGGUGCAGGCUGAGGUGUUUAUAAUCGAUGCAUAGCUUUAUAGCUUUAUCACUUUCUAGCCUAUAUUUUUCAUAUAGCAUGAUGUACAUGAUACGCUCCGUGGUCACUGCAUGUAUAUUUAGGUUACAUUAUUUUCAUCAUCUAUAGUACACAAGCAGCUGAAAACAAUCAAAUUGUGACCAUUUGGGAAGUGUAGCAGAAAAAGUACAGAAGCGGCAUUGUGACAUCGUCCUGUGGUGAUGUCCACAUUCCAUCAUGGUGAAAAAGUUAACAUGGUGAUCACGCCUUGCAAAGUGCGUAGGGAGGCCAUUGUAGGGGAAUUUACAGUUAAAGACCAAGAUGGGACCAGAUAGGAUCAUUGAAGACCAGAACUCAUGAGAUGUAAUGAAUUAAAGAAAAUUUUACUGAAGAAUAGUUUGCAGUUUCUUCAGCAGAAAGUCAGCUGCAACGUUCAAGAAGGUGUUCGUAGAUGCUCUGCGUACACACUCAUUACAUCACCAAUUAUACGUUCACACGAUCACUAAACUAGUCAUUAUGUCCGGUUAAAUGAUCCUGAUUGGUUAAGGCAUAGAUAAAUUUAGAAAAUGUACACAUUUGGCUGUGCGUCAGAAGAAUGUCUCCAUCGAUUAUCUGGACGUCAGUCAUAUUCUGGUUUUGGCACACCGUGAACCACUGACGUCACCGAGCUGAGUUUUUAGGCUUCCGGUCGUCUCGUCAGACGAUCGGUUCAGCUCCGAACAUCCUGUGACAACAGAGUGCGCACGCGCGCACACACACACACACACACACAAAACCACAACACUCCUCAAGGCUGGAUCUGGUCGAGUUAUAGCUCUGACCAGCAAGCUUUCCCUAAACAUACUGAUUAGAUAUACUUCCUCUCAGUAAGAAGUUCAGACAAUAUUCCUCAUUAUUCCGUAGUGAUUGAAGAUGAAAAGCAAAGUAAAUUCUUUAACUAAGAAUAGUAAAUCUCAUAAGCUUGAAGAAGCCAUUCAAAUCAU